AUGGCCGUUUUAAGCAGCGUCGCUCUUCACGAGCAGCUCUCCAUCAUCAUGGGCGCGCUGACCAAAGCGGUGGUGGCGGAGAUCUGCGAGGUGGUGGACGAAGGUUACAUGGUGCUGCAGAUGGAGAUCAGCCGGAGCCACAAGGAGAACGAGGACCUGAAGAAGAAGCUGCACCUCAUCGAGUCCAUAGUGGUCCGGGGCAGCGGCGGCGGGAAGGCGGCGGCGGAACCGGAGUUCGCACCCGCCGCGGAGGGCGCACAGCAGGCGGCAGCACCGCAGCGGCAGCGGGACUGUGACGGAGGAGACGCCGCUGCUGCUCCCGGAGGAGAGGGAGGUGGUGUGGUGGUGCUGGAGGAGCUUCCAGACGUGGUGUUGAUCAAAGACGAAGACUCGGACAGUAACCACAGCUUUGAGGAAGAUGAUGAAACUCCUGCUGAGGAGGCGGCUGCAGCCAGAGAGGCGGUGCCGCCCGCGCCCAUCAGCCGGAGUAUAAAGAGACAAUGGCCGGGGAGCGACGAGGCAGACGGGAAGUCUUCGUCAGAGCCGCUCGCACUGCAAACUGCAGCGACGGCGAAGCGGAGCGUCACCGUCUACAGUCUGGACUCUCCGGGCAGCGAGCCCGGCUGCUCCGGUCAGCUCGGCGGCGACGAGGUGGAGGCCGGCGAGUCGCUUUGUUCCUACUCCUCACAGAUGGACCCGGACGUCCAGCUGGUCCACGACGAGUGCUCGCUGGUCCCAAAAAGACGCACGUAUUUUGGCAGCGGCGCUCUGACGGAGUCGCCUACGAACAGAGAACUAGAUCUCAGCCUCACGUUCACCAAACAGUCCAACAGUCAGACGUCUUUUACGCAGUUUCACCAAAAUGAAAACCUGGACAGCGACGCGUUCGGGCUGAAGAUGACCAGCGUCACCGGCUCGUUCCCCGCAGACUGCCAGCUGUCUGAAGGCAGCAACUCUGCGUUUGAGUACGACGACGCCGACAUGAUGAACUUCGCCCACUACAGGGACCGGUCGGGUCAGCUCUGCAGCGGGCAGCCGGGCGGCCCAGUCAAGCGCUUCGUGUGCGCCAUGUGCUCCAAGACGUUCGCCACGUCGCAGAACCUGGAGGUUCACAUGCGGAUCCACACGGGCGAGAGGCCCUUCAGCUGCAGCCAGUGCGGCAAGAAGUUCACCCAGUCGGCUCACCUGAAGUCGCACAUGAGCGUUCACACCGGAGAGCGGCCGUACGCCUGCACGCUCUGCCCCCGCAGCUUCAUCGUCAAAUACAGCCUCAAGUUACACAUGAACAAAUGUCACGACUGCGUCGGCGAGUGACUGACUGUGUUCUCUAAAUAUCCCGUUUUAAAACAGGUUUUUAAAGUAUUUAAAGUUAAAGGACUUUCACUUUGAGCAACGCAACAUUUACGACACCUCUCCGGGUGGCGAGUAUCUGCUGCACAACUGCCCGAAGAAAAUGUGAAACUAUUGCACGAGAGUGUUUGAGCAGUCGCGUCGGACCCCGGUCAAAGCUGCGCUGUGAUUGGCCAGUCUGCGUUCGAGGGGCGGGGCUUAGUGACGGGUCAAUUAGUCCAUUAAUGAUUGACAGAUAAUUGGGCCCCGUUGUGAAGUUCUGAGCCGUUACAAAUGUUUAAAAUAACAAUUUCUCCGACAGCUGAUGAAUGUUUGUUAUUUCUUCUUGUUCCAGGGAAACAAAGACUUCUUGAUUCAAAACUAAAACAUAACUGAAAUGUUUAAAAGUUAUUCCCUACAUAUCUUUGAAUGAGCACAAAUUAAAAUCAUACACAUGUAGGAAACAACCUUUAAUAUAGACGUCUUCUUGGACAAAUAAAAUCUCUUUUCGCUGCACAAACUGCUUCUGAUAAAGAUUCUGGGAUGCAGCUCCGUGUCUCCUCGUGCAGGCGUGUCCGUGCUGCUGCAUGGAGCUCAGACUUCUCUAAGAACUGAUCAGACGAAACCUUUGAGGGCGUCACUUUGGGUUUUACGUGUUUUAAUACUUUAAAAGACCAAAUCAUUCAUUAGAAGAUAAUCAGCCUGAUUUAUGGAAUGAAACAAAACAUUUUCAUUUAUUUUCUCUGCUGUUAAAGUCAGAAAACAUUUUAUUUAAAAGUUAAUUAUUGUAUUAAAAGCAGAAACACUUUGGUAAUAAAACAAAUCCUAAAAUUG